AUGCCGUCGGUAUUGAGCGAUGACGAUAAGGAGACUGUCAAGCGAUUCGUCCCAAAACAAACGAACAAGAUCCAAGCCGUUGCUGUUGCUAGGUUAUAUGUGGCCUAUCCCAACCCCGCAAAAUGGACGUACACGGGUAUUCAGGGCGCCAUCGUCUUGUCAAAUGACUUGGUAGGCAACACCUACUGGCUCAAGAUGGUUGAUAUCUCGUCUGGAAAUCGAGGCGUCAUCUGGGACCAGGAGAUUUUCGACACGUGGAACUAUAAUCAAGACAGAACCUACUUCCAUACCUUUGAAAUCGAAGAAUGUCUCGCCGGAUUAUCGUUCGUUGACGAGAAGGAAGCGAAGCAAUUCAAGAAGAAGAUGGACGAUAGGGAAAAGAACGCAAGUAGAGCCACGAGAUCAACUCCGUUCGGAGGAGCCGCACAACCUGCUGCCCACAAACACGGCCUGCUUGGAGGACUUUUCGGCAGCCGGCAUGCCUCGGCCCCCACCCCUCCUGAUUCGCCGCGAUCCAAUCUGCCUCAUGGCCGAAUGCCAUCCAUUGGGAGUGCAAAUGGUCAUAAGCCUUCGGAAUUCCCUGUCCUUGAUGCUUUUGACCCUCAGUGGAGGGAGAACUUUGGGCAAGACCUGCGAGACAAAGGCUUGACCGACGAAUUUAUUAAGGAAAAUCAAGAGUUCAUUGUCGAUUUCUUGAAGGAGGAACAGGAGAAGUUGAUGUCAGGACCACGAAGCCACGUCCCGCCCCCACCGCCGCCGGCACCGGCACCUCAAUCAAACGGUAUCGAGCCAAGAAACGCGAGGGCUCCUCCUCCACCACCACCUCCUGGUGGAAGUCACUCAGAUGGUCCACGGGCGCCGCCUCCACCGCCGGCUCCUCGACGAGGUGCUGCGCCUGCUCCUCCACCAGCUAGGAGAUCUGGUAAAACGGAGCCCCCGGCUGUCCAUAGGGAACCGACUCCGCCGACCGAACCUGCUGCGCCAGAGCCUCCCAAGAAUCGAUUUGCUGUACCACCACCGUUGCCAGAUGCUGGCAAGCUGGCCCACGCAUUGGGAGGUUCUGUUAACUCCAUUCGUGGACCCGCAAAUCCUGGGCCGCCUCCGCCUCCCCGGCCACCGAAGACGCCAAUGCAGGAAGAAGAAAGACCUGCCGGUCAGAAGUUUGGAUUGCCUCCGGCUUUCCCUGGCUCCAGACCACCACCGACACCGAGCCGUGGACCAGUUCCCCCUCCUCCUCCGCCCCGAGCAGAUGCUGGUCCGCCACCUGCUCUCCCUCCCAAGACCCCGGCAAACGAGCCACCUCCAUUACCGCCGCCGUCUUCGCGACCCGUGCCGCCUCCUCCUGCUACGGGUAUUCCUCCGCCUCCCCCGCCUCCUCCGCCUUUCCCAGCGUCGCAUGCUCCUCCCCCACCGCCGCUGCCCUCAUCGAGCGCUCCUCCCCCCCCACCACUACCUACCUCUCCGCCGCCUUUGCCAUCAUCCAACGCGCCACCUCCUCCGCCGUUACCUGCAUCAAACGCUCCUCCUGCCCCGCCUCCACCUCCUCCAGGCGCCGGUGCGCCUCCGCCUCCACCACCCCCACCACCAGCGAGCUUGGGCGGACCUCCACCGCCGCCUCCCAUGCCGAACCGAGACUCCGGAUACUCCUCCGGCGUUCCGGCUCCCGCUCCUGAUGCUGGGCGUUCUGCCAUGCUGGGCGACAUCCAAAAGGCUGGUGGUAUCAAGGCAUUGAAGAAGGUUGACAGAAGCCAAAUUCGAGACAGAAGUGGUGCUACAGUUGGUGGCAGCAGCGAUACUGGUCCGCAUGGUAGUGGCUUACCUCCAGCUGGUGUUUCGUCAGGUGGUGGCGGUGACAUGGCAAAUGCCCUCGCCGCAGCACUGCAGAAGAGAAAGGAGAAAGUUAGCAGAAGUGAUGAUGAAAGAAGUGACAACGACGACUGGUGA